UCUGUGUUAUGCAUCAACAACAUGGAUAACGGGACAGGUACGCGAACAUCACAAGAAACGUUACUAUUGCAUUAGUUGCAAUUACACAGCAGCUGUUUCUGCAGGUACUGUCGCUACUUCGAUGGCCCACGGGUGAUGCAAAUAACGAUGCGGCACCACUGGCUGCUCGUCGGGGCUUGCGGCUGGGUGUUGCUCAUCCUCGUGUUUGCCAACAAGUUUAUCAAUUUUAACGCCAGAACCACGGAUGACUAUGGGGAGAAGACUGAGAUGCAGAGUUGGACUCAACCAGGAGUUAAGACCAUCAAAUCACUGCCAGCUCAGAAAUCAGACAGAAGAGCUCCCAAGUCAUCAAACCUGUCCUCAGUAGGCCCCUCCAUGAUCAACCCAACAGACUGGAACACUGUGGAGACGAGGCGGCGGGAGCUGCUGUCAGCCGUGUGUAAGAACGACUCCCUCAAGAACCUCACUCACACCUCAAUCAACAAGUUUGUCUUGGACCGCAUCUUUGUGUGCGACAAGCACAAGAUCCUCUUCUGCCAGACCCCCAAAGUGGGCAACACUCAAUGGAAGAAGGUCCUCAUCGUUCUCAAUGGAGAGUUCUCCACUGUGGAGGAGAUACCAGAGAACCUGGUUCAUGACCAUGAGAAGAACGGACUGCCCCGCCUCUCCUCUCUGACGGAGAAAGAAAUCACUAAAAGGUUAGCCACAUACUUCAAGUUCUUCAUCGUCAGAGACCCGUUCGAGCGCCUCAUCUCCGCCUUCAAGGACAAGUUUGUGAAGAACCCGCGCUUCGAGCCCUGGUACAAGCACGACAUCGCUCCCGCCAUCAUCCGCAAGUACCGUAAGAGUCACCGUGACAACGAUGACAACCAGGCGACUACGGGCCUGCGCUUCGAGGACUUCAUCCGUUACCUGGGCGAUGAGCCCGGGCGGCGCCGCAUGGACCGUCAGUUUGGGGAGCAUGUUAUCCACUGGGUGACGUACGCGGAACUCUGCGCCCCCUGUGACAUCACGUACAGCGUCGUGGGGCACCACGAAACUUUAGAACGCGAUGCCCCCUACAUCCUGAAAGCUGCCGGGAUCGAGCGCCUGGUAUCGUACCCCACCAUCCCCCCAGGGAUCACCCGUUACAACCGGACCAAGGUGGAGCGCUACUUCUCAGGCAUCAGCAAGCGGGACGUCAGGCGGCUUUACGGCCGGUACCAAGGAGACUUCAGCCUCUUCGGCUACCCGAGCCCGGACUUCCUGCUAAACUGAAUGACGACGACAAUAAAGAAAGACUGUUUUGCAACAAUAAUAUGUCUCUCUAAUCUAACAUGCAUCUUAAUCAGUGUGUGGUUUACUGAAGAGGUAGGGAGGGUGUAGCUAGCUAGCCGCCUAGCCUGGCUGCUCUAACUAGGAGCCAUAGUAGAGACUAGUGAUCCCCACCAUCCGGGUUCAAGCCAGGGAGGGAUGGAGACUACAGGUUGGUCUGAUAUAACGUGCUGAUCUGCUGUCGGAUGGUCGUCACUCCUCUACCUGGCUGACAGUAAUUCCUGUCUCGACCUAGCAACACUUCCUGCCUCUGCCUAGCAACUGUCACCAUGGGCGAUGACUGUACUACAUGCCUCUACUUCCUGGUAGCCGUCACCAUGGUGGCCAUGAAUGGCACGAGGACCGAGGUGAUGGAGAGUUACUCACUAUGGUCAUGGUUAAUGGCUGUAUUCGCCAUACGACCAAUGAAUUAAGUGCCACAUUUUAAUGUUAUUUAACAAAGCUUUUUGUAUUAUGAUAACUUUAUUUAAACCAGAGAUUACUGUUA